AUGAACAUUCUGGCGCCGGUGCGGAGGGACCGCGUCCUGACGGAGCUGCCCCAGUGCCUGAGGAAGGAGGCCGCUUUGCACGUGCACAAAGACUUCCAGCCCCGCGUCACCUGCGCCUGCCUGGAGCACAGGACAGGCACCGUGGGAUUUAAGAUCUCCAAGGUCAUUGUGGUGGGCGACCUGUCAGUGGGGAAGACUUGUCUCAUUAAUAGGUUCUGCAAAGACACCUUUGAUAAGAACUACAAGGCCACCAUUGGAGUGGACUUUGAGAUGGAACGAUUUGAGGUGCUGGGCGUGCCGUUCAGUCUGCAGCUCUGGGACACUGCUGGACAGGAGAGGUUCAAGUGCAUCGCAUCAACCUACUACCGAGGAGCUCAAGCCAUCAUCAUUGUCUUCAACCUGAAUGAUGUGGCCUCCUUGGAGCAUACCAAGCAGUGGCUGGCUGAUGCGCUCAAGGAGAACGACCCUUCCAGCGUGCUUCUCUUCCUUGUGGGUUCCAAGAAGGACCUGAGUACUCCCGCUCAGUAUAUACUGAUGGAGAAAGACGCACUCAAGGUGGCCCAAGAGAUGAAGGCCGAGUAUUGGGCAGUCUCAUCCCUCACUGGUGAAAAUGUCCGGGAGUUCUUCUUUCGUGUGGCGGCGCUGACCUUUGAGGUCAACGUGCUGGCUGAGCUGGAGAAAUCGGGAUCCCGGCGCAUAGGGGAUGUUGUCCGCAUCAACAGUGAUGACAGCAACCUCUACCUAACUGCCAGCAAGAAAAAGCCCACGUGUUGCCCAUGA